CAGGCAGGCGGCAAGCAAGCAACAGCUGCUUUAGUAGCUUCUUCCAUCACUGGUUUUGAUUGCUGCUCGGCGGCGCGUGACAAGACUAGCAGAGGAGAGAGUGAUAGUUUCAGAAAGAGGAGCUUUUCUUGAAGAGGGUGGAAGGAGAUCGAUCAAGAACUCGAGAUGUGCAUGGACAAGUCCGCCGUGCCGGCGAAGAAGAUCUGGCUCGCAAUCGCCGCCCGCCUCGGCCUCCGCCCAACAGCCGGGCUGCGGAACCUGAGGAAGGAGGUGAGGACGUGCGAGUACCGCGACGUGCACGUCAUGUGGGAGAUGCUCAGGGAGAUGGGCUCCCCGGCGAUGCCCCUGGAGGAGAAGGAGGCCGCCGCCGCCGCGGCCGUCGCGGCGGCCGCCGCCGCCAGGAAGAAGAAGACGGCCUGGAGGCGGUUCGUAUACUACUGCUGCGCGUUCUGAUCAUCUGAUGUCGAUGAACGCGGAAACUGGGCAUCGUCAGAGUUAGAGCAGAGGCCAUGUGUAAUUAGAAACAGCAUUGGCCCUCUCACAGAGUGUGCAAAUAGGCAGAUGCGCAAAUAAGUGCAUAGGUGGAUCCUGAUGUUCCACUGGAGAUCAUCGCCAUAUGCGCGAACAUAGGAUCCGGAUGAUGAGGGUGUGAAUUCAGAAAAUGGGCAA